AUGACAGGCAUUACGCUCCAGGAAGGGCAGGCGGAGCUGCCGACGACGCGCAGCACGCCGUCGUACUGGCACCGCGAGCCGUCUCGGCGGCUGCUGGGCCACCGGACGACGGCGCGGGUGCCGGCGGAGGCGGACGUGGUUGUCGUGGGCAGCGGCAUCACGGGGGCGUUUGCGGCGCGGAGGCUGGCCGAGGCCGGGAGGGCCGUGUUGAUGCUGGAGGCGAGGGAGGCGUGCUGGGGGGCCACGGGGCGGAACGGCGGCCACUGCCAGCCCGGAGUGUGGACCAACAAGCCGGACGUGGCACGCUUCGAGCUGGCAACGUUCCACCAGCUCGCAUCGCUCAUCGCCGACAACGACAUUGCGUGCGACUGGCAGGUCGUCGGAGGCGUGCACGCGCUCUCGUCGCCGGCCGAGCUGGACGUGGCGCGGCGGCAGUUGCGGCGGCUGCAGAAGCACGGCGACCUCCGGGACAAGGCGGUGCUGGUCGAGAGGGCUGCGGCGCUGGCCAAGCUGCGCAUCCCCGAGGCCGUGGGCGCCGUCUACCAGCCCGUGGCGGCAAAGUGCUGGCCGUAUAAGCUGGUGGCUUGGGUGUUGGAGACGUUGUUGGGCGAGCAUGGGGCUGGGGGGCGGUUUAAUCUGCAGACGAGCACGCCGGUCCUGCAUCUACAGCGACCCUCUUCUUCUUCUUCUUCUUCUUCGUCGUCCUCGUGGAUCCUUCACACGCCCCGCGGCCAGGUUGCGGCCCGGCACGUGGUGCUCGCCACAAACGCCUACACGUCGCACCUGGUGCCGCGCAUGACGGGCCUCAUUGUGCCGGUCCGGGGCCAGGUGUGUGCGCUGGAGCCGCCGCGGGGAGCCGUCCUGUUGCCGCAUAACUACACCUGGGUGGCGGGGGGCACCGACGACUACCUGAUUCAGCGAGACGGCGACGACAAGGCGCUGAUUCUCGGAGGUGAGCGUUCGACGGUCGCGGGCGGACAAGAGGGCAUCUCCCGCGACGACGAGGUCGACCCCGUCGUCGGCCUGAACCUGCGCCGCGCCCUGGGCUCGGCACUGAAGCUGCGGCCGGGCUCAGCGGAGGAGGCGCCGGAGCUCGAGGCCACGCACGAAUGGACGGGCAUCAUGGGCUACUCGCGCGACCGUCAUCCCUGGGUUGGAGCGGAAGAGGCCGCCGGCGGGCUGUGGAUCAGCGCCGGGUACACGGGCCACGGGAUGCCGGUGGCGGCGCGGUGCGGCGUGGCCGUGGCCGACAUGAUCCUCGGGGGGCGCGGGGGAGUAGCGGUGCCGGAUGAGUUUGUCGUGAGCGUGCAGAGGGCUGCGAGGGCGAGGUUGAUGGAGCUGCCGAGGACGAUGAUGGAUGGGCUUGAGCUGCUCGAGGAGUGA